AUGAACAAAGAGCAAGUGACUUGCCACGAAACACUCCAGAAGCUGAUACCAGAGUCAGGAACACCACCUCUUCUCUGGAAGAAGGAAAAAGAAGUAGAAGCAGACAAAAUAAUUCAUCAAGAGAAAAGUGAACCCAGCCUGAUCUGUCCCCCACCACGCAGCAGAAACUAUCUUCCUCCGGAGGAUAUACAGAGCUGCCUUGAGUCUCAUGUCAAGGAGAUUUUUGGACCCUCGCUUCCUGAUAAUUGGCAGCAGAUACCCCUCAAAGAAAAUAGGUUAAAGUAUCGCCUCCUGGCUCAGCUGGCAGCAGAACUUGGUCAUGCUGUCCCCAAUUCACAGCUCCACCUGAUGCACAGUGCUGAGGAUGUCCUGAAUUUCUAUAGCACUCCCGUGAAGGAUGCGUCCAAGUUCGAUGAACUGUGCGCUGCAGAGCUACCCCCAAACGUGAAGAUUACCUGGGAGCAGUGAGUCGCACCAUGAAGCAUCGCUUUGCUCUGCUUGUGUUCUUAAGGCAGGACUGCAGAGCCCUUUCAUUGCGGUAGCAACCGAAUAUAUAAAUAUCACUAAUAAAAGUUCAUUUAGUUGUCC